GCAGAGUGGCAGAGCAAUGUUGUUAUUUUGCAUGUUUUGAAUAUUUUUAUUAUCAUUAAAAUUUAGUGUAUUUCAUAGUAUACAAAUCUGAAUUAAUAAAAUACCAAUACGUGCAAGAAUGGAAAACUGAAAGUUAUGCUAUGUUCUUAUGGUUUUAGAAAUACUGAUCCCUUAAGACUGGUAUGACUGAGUAUUCCAAUUAACCUCAAAACAAUAUAGGUUCCAGUGAGGCUCAUAAAUAUUUAACAAAUAAUGGAGCAGAGUAGUUUAAUAAAUACAGUUUCAGAUGAUGUGGUUAGUGAUUUUCCAAAAAAAGAAGACUGUAUUUAUACACCUCAUUACUGUGAAGAAAAUAUAUGGAUGUUGGCAAAAAAAAUCCAAGAAAGAAAUCCAGAAAAACUCAAAUUUUGCUAUCCUGUGUUUAUUUCUAAUGAAAAGAAACUUAUACCCUUAUGGAGACAAACGGUAGGAAAUAAUACAGACGGACUUGUUGUUUGGGACUAUCAUGUUAUAAUGGUUUACUACAAUGAAGAAGCAUCAUGGGUGUAUGAUUUUGAUACUCAGCUCAAAUUUCCAACACCGUUUAGUGAAUAUAGCAAGGAAACAUUUAAGUCUGAUGAUUUUGUAAAAACUAGUCUUCAUAGGUUUUUCAGAGUGAUACCUGCUGAAUCUUAUUUAAAGUUCUUUUCAUCAGAUAGAAGACAUAUGAAAAGGGAUGGGCUGUGGAUGAAACCGCCUCCAGAGUAUCCACCUCUUCGUAAUAGUGAAGAAAGCCAUAACUUAGAACAGUACAUAUCAAUGAAUGAGUCAAGUGAAGUUAAUAAAUUUGGUAAUGUCUAUAAUCUUAAUAGUUUCAUUGAGAAAUUUUCAGUUAAACAGCCUUGUUUUGAUUAUUCAAACGCACCAGAACCAGCACAUUUGGGAUUUUUGGAAUAAUGUAAAGCUAUCUUAGAAAACAUUAUGUUAAAACUUACUAUGUAAUAUAUUUGAAUUCUGUAGUUUAGCCUGUUUCUAAUUUUUAGGCUCUCAAUAGUUUAUGGUUUGGUUACUUUUAAUUUAAUUGGUCAAUCCAUUAUAGGUUAUACAAUUGAUGUACUUAGCAUGUUGUAGUUUAUAUUAGUUUAAUUAAUUUAAAGUCCUAGUGAGUUAACAUUUUGAUAACAGUUCAGCUGUUACAAAAAUAUUUUCUUAAAAUUAGGUUUGUAAUGUAGUUUAUAAUUGUAUUUUUUAAUUUAACUGUGGUAACUGUUACAAGAUAUACUUUGCAUGUUUUGUUGAUUUUAUAAAUGGAAUUUGAUUAAGAAAUGAGUUGGAUGGCAAAAUUAAUGAAAUAAAAGCGAAGAAAAACAAAAACCAAACUAGACUCCAAAUAAAGAAGGCAAUCACUCAAUGUAGUGAAUUUCAGACAGAGUAUGAUAAUAGGACCUGAUUUAUCACAGUAUAAUCAUCGAUACUUCAUAUACUGAAUAACAGGAAUAUUAAUCGGUACCAACAUAAAAUACAUUAUUUAAUCAAAGUCAUAUGAUUGAAGUUAAAACCCUUAAUUACAUACAAUGAGAAUAUCAUUAAUAAUAAAGAACCAUUAACCAUCCAACAAACAAUUAAAACACAUAAUAGGAAAAUCUCAUUUAUAUAACAGAAGAAAGCUAUAAUAACAAAAGAAAUGUCCUCAAAGCAAUAAAACAGUUAAUGAUCUUUCAAUGCUAUUUCAUUUAGUUUCAAUUUAAAAGUUAGUUGGUCACUUUUAAAUAAAAUAUUACGUCUACAAUCUAAAAGUGUUUACUUUUGGUAGAGUAGCCUAAUGCCAAGUUCACGUUUAUGAAUACCUUCUCUGCGGUUCUAUAUUUCGAGUUCUUGUCUUGUGUCAAGAGGCUAAAUUCACAUUAGUGUGUCUGCUACAGUCAACGAGUUAAUCUGUAUUGGUCAAUUAUAUCAAUGGUUGUAAUUAACAAAUAUCAUUAUUAAUAUCAAUAUAAAAAACUGGGUCUUCUUAUCGUACUUUAUCCUUAACAUCUAAAGUAUAUAGUCACAAGCCUACAGUAUUAAAAUUUCACUCAAAAAUUUACAGAACAAUUUUGAACAAUAAUAGCUAAUACUAUAAUUGUAUUGAAGAAACUAAGAAAACCUUACUCAAACUAACUCUCCCGACUGUCACGUGCAUGCUCAGACCUAACCUUCCCUUAGGACCACCACCCUACCCGGGAGCCAAUCACCCUAUGGACAGAUUGGGAGAGCUAACACUAAUCAAGAGCCAACCUACCAGUUUGCUUACCAUCCUACUCAAAAUGAAUUUUUUUCUCUUUUUGAGAGUUAUAUUAAUUUGUAGGCCUUUCCUCACUUUUAUUUAGUUCAUAUUGUAUAUACAUCAUAAGCACCAUCCUUUAAAAACAAUCACCAAAGAAAGUGAAAUGGACUUGUGAACUAGUGCUUGUCAACCAAAUUUGUAAUACAAAUUAUAUAUAAUUUAUAAUAAAAACACUAUAGAAAGAUUAGGUUGUUGAGUGCAUAAUAUAAUUUACUCAAGACACUUGGUAUGGGUGUCUUAAUUUACCAUGGAGAAAAAACUAGUUAAACUCAUUCCGAUUCAACACAUUUAAUAUUUUUAUAAACUGGGUUACAGUAUACACAAUAAUUUUAUAGAAUUAGCCAUGAACUUUACAAACAAUAGUAGUAUUAAUAGGUCUAUUUUUGAGCUUAUCUUUAAUUUGUGGUUGAGUUUGAAUAUGUAAUAAUCCAUUCACUUAUUGCAAAGUAUAGUAAAUUUUGUGUUAAAACUGUAGAUUAACUAAUGUCUAGUUUAUAUUGUUGUCUUAAAGUGUUGUUCGUAUGUCACCAACCAUGUAAAUAAAAAUGAGGUGUGCUACUAAUGUUAACAUUAGUUGUGUAAAUACAAUCACUAUUUAAAUAAUGUGUGCAUAUUAUAUAUUUGUCAGUCAAUAAAGUCUAGUGC